CGGGACGGAGAACGGCCGGGAGGAUGGACGAGGAGGAGGCGGAGAGAGGCGGCUCGGGGCCGGGCUGCGGCUGUAAGGGGAUCCGAUCCUGCCUGCUCUGCGAGGGGCCCGCUCCGCCCACACAGGGAGAUGAUCAUUUCACUUACUGUCCAUCCACGGGUUUAGCUGAAGGCAAUGAGAGCUCCCCGUUUGCUGGCUGGGCGUUCCCGUUCCCAGGGGUAUUUGUGAUGGAGGAGUUCGUUAGUGAGGAUGAAGAAGCAGAGAUGGUUGAAGUGAUGGACCGGGAUGAAUGGAAGCCCUCGCAGUCUGGACGAAAGAAGCAGGAUUAUGGACCCAAAGUGAACUUCAAGAAACAGAGGUUGAAAGCUGGUUGCUUUACCGGCUUGCCAAGUUUUAGUAAAAAGAUUGUGGCACAGAUGGAGGCCUGCUCCGUGCUGGGGGGUUUCUUGCCUGUUGAACAAUGCAAUCUGGACUACAGGCCUGAAAGAGGUUCUGCCAUUGACCCGCAUUUUGAUGACUGGUGGCUGUGGGGAGAGCGUCUGGUCAGCUUAAACUUGCUCUCCAAAACUGUGCUGUCCAUGUCUUGCGAUUCAGAGGACAGCAUCCAAUUAUUUCCUACUUUCAGUAAUGAAAACGGGGAAUUAAAUCCCCCUGGAUCUCUUACACAGAAUUCAGGCAAACAGGGAUGCAGCUGCCUUUUAUCCUCCAGGCUUGUCCCAAGUAAGGAAGUGACUGUUGCCAUUCACUUACCCAGGAGGUCUCUGGUGGUGCUGUAUGGUGAGGCACGGUACAAAUGGAAACACGCCAUUUACCGCAGGCAUAUCCAGCAUCGGCGAGUGUGUGUCACCUUCAGGGAGCUGUCUGCAGAGUUCAGAGCUGGAGGAAAGCACGAGGAGCUGGGUAAAGAACUGCUGGAGAUUGCUCUUUCCUUUCGAGGAACACCGGUGUGAUCAGCAAAGGGCGGCUGGAAUCGUGUCCUAAGAAACGUGAGAAAUAAACCCUGGGAUUUAUAGGAUUUGAUUUGUUUCUGAAACGUGAAUAAGGAACUGGGUAUGUACUGAGAGAAUCAGGUGGAUGUUAAGAAACACAGACAAGGUGGUGUAGGAAAGGGAGGGGGUCUUCUUUGUGUGAAGGCUGUCCUGGGUAAUGGCAGCUCUUCAUUUUGCUUUACUGUUACCUGUGCCCUCUUUUCAUCUACUUCAAAUUGCUCCUUGAGAGAGAAGCUCUCCAGGGGGCAGGCGAGCAUCUCUCCACAGACAGUGCAACACUCUGAGAACUAAUUAAAGUAAUUAUCCUUUGUAACAGCGAGACCAUAAA